AUGGACAGAGCUGUAAACGUCAGACGGGCGCUCUACAAAACGGUCAAAUCCUGCCCGGCGGACAUAAGUUUUGAGGAUUUCAUCAAUUCCCUUCCUCAUGAUCUUCAGAAAAUCUUUGAUGAGGUAAUUCAUCGCAUUUCCCAAGAAGAAUUGCCUGCCGUGCGCUCUGAGAUCAAACGGACAGCACAGCGGAUAUACGACAACUGGGGAUCCCUUGAAGCCAUUGUGCAGCGCCAUGAGGCCACAAUUCAAAAGCGAUGGACCAACAAAUCCAUCACAAAGAGACGAGACUUGCUUCUCGAGAUCUGGCCCAACAUGGCUCGGCAUCAACGCCCUGAUAUUAUCCUGGCAAACAAGUCAGACGAUCUGGCAGCAAAAUCGCUGCUGCAGGCACGGCCAAAGCAACAGGCAAAACAGUACGAGGGUCCGCAACGUGAAGCCUUACUGAUGCCAUACAUGAAUCUGCACAACCUUACCAAGCCUGAACCGCUCCUUCUCAUGAUCAAUUCCAGAGCGCGCCAGCCUCCACAUGCAUUCUCAAAACGCGACAUCCAGCUCUCAACAACCCGUUUUGAGCUAACCAUGUGGCGGUCCCUGGGAGGCUAUGUUAUGGAUUUGAACGCACGGCAUUCGGUCCCAGAGUCGUAUGGAGAACUACGAAAGGAGCUUCCAACGAUGAAUCAAAUCUUUACCGGUGCAGACCCUCGCCUGGCUGGAGGGUUGGUCAACCCAGGAGAUGGUCUGUGGGCUUUGGAGAUUCAGGAUCGAAUCUACAAGUUUCUUCUUGGCAUCGUCCAGAAAAUGCUUCACGACAUCCCCUCUGGUGAGCUGAUUGGGCCUGAGUACGAGAUUCGGCCAGCACCGCCUCUUCCUUCAGCAAAUUCCAGAGAAAAUGGCGUCGUCUCCCUCGCCAGCGCCAACUUGGAGGCCAUCUACUCGUCACCCGCACAAAUGGAUUUCCAUCGCCUGCAGUUACUUGUAACUGCUAAGGCUCAUGAGGAAGAGGACAAACUGUGGGCCUUACGUGAAGACCCCGGCCGUUUCUCAGAAAGCCUGGACGACGUGCUUGCCCACCAACCUGAAUAUGUCCAGGAUCUUCUCGGUAAACAGCAUCCGAUAACUGCACCCGGCGCACGACGUGAUUGGUGGGGUUCCGACGUAAGAAGCCUGGAAGACUCGCUUUCGACCACCACCCUGAUAUUCAGUUGCGCUGGUGUCGAGUUCUGGUGCGGACUUGCGCGGGAUAUUUCGACCCUGGUAGAGCUCAAAGCCCAGCACUUCGACAGCAAAGACAUCGAGCCCGGAGUGCCGCUGCCUAAGCCUUUCGCCUUGGGAUUGUACAAAGUUCAGUUCACGCUGUGCAAGUUCAUCGAAAACCGACUCCAACUCUUGCGCAAGCUGGUCUAUUCAUCCCCACCACUUCGACCUUACAUCCGUCGGGCCUCGACCGACACAACCGACAUUUUCGUCUGCUGCGUGGCGGACCCAAGGCCACCACGACACAUAAGAGAAUAUAUGAAGAUUUUGGAAGGCCUCUUUUCCACAGACAUGAACAAAACGAGAGGACACAUUGCUAGUGUCCAGUCGGUGUUGGAAGAAUACGACAUGUUCAUCGAGACAGUGCCAGAUGCUCAACAGGCCGUUACUUCAUCCGUAGCCGAAGAGAUCUCGCACAUCACCUUGUUAUCCGAAUGCCUACGGCAACUUCAUCUCUUUCAGCCGUGGGAGGCGUCAUUGGACGAGGAAACCAUCCAGGAAAUUCGCACUGUCUUUGGAGAAGAUAUCAAGGAGAAAAUGUGCCAAAUGGUGCCUUAUAUUAAAUUCAAACCGAGUACUCGAACUCGAUCCAUGGCAUUUGGUUUGGCGAAGAGACCAUAUCCAGUUCAUAAAAAGCGCACAUCAGCCAAUGUACAAGCUAUGCAGGAUGCUGAGAGGUUACUGGACCAGAUGUGGGAUGCUUUACUGACAGAGAUGGAGCAACAAAACGCUCUAACAAUACAUACCAAAAACGUUCUCUUCUUUCAGGGUCGUCAGUUACAGCGCACUCCCGACUGGGUUGACUCAGAGCCAGCGAAGCCCAUCAACAUGACACCGCCUCAAGCUAUAUCCCCCGAAGCCCUUGUUCAACCCUUUGGAAGACUCGACAUCGUUGACGACACCAAGAUACAAGUUCGGCCGGUAGGAAAUAGCAAAAUCAAGACACGGAAAAUAGCUGCUCGCCAAGACUCGGAUGUCACAUCGGAACAAGUCCAAAAGACCGAGCCAGAAGGCCAAGGCCCAUGUCCUACUAUCCAAGUCGAUGGGCGCGCCAUGAGAGUCUUCAGUGCUCUCUUCCACAACCCAUCUUCGAGAUCGCCGCCGCGCGAAGUGCCAUGGAAUGAUUUUCUACACGCAAUGCACUCUGCCGGUUUCUGGAUGGAAAAGCUGUACGGAUCAGUCUGGCAGUUCGCCCCACGCGACGACAACAACUGCAUCCAGAUGAGAACCAUCCUUGUUCACGAACCGCACCCGCAUUCCAAGAUCCCGUUUCGGCAGGCGAGAAGGCACGGGAGGAGGCUGGCGCGCGCUUACGGAUGGAGUGGCCAGACAUUUGUCUUGAAGCACUAG